AUGGCGAACUCCGUCGCGCUCUCGCUCCUCACGCUGGCCCUUCUCCUCCGCGUCGCCCCAUCGACGGCGCAGAACCCUCCCAUCCCGCGGCGACCGGCGUUCGCCUUCGGCUGGCUGAACGGCAGACAAACCUUCCGCGCCGGCGACACAGCAGUCAUCAUAAUCAUGUCCUUCGACCUCCCAGACGCCAACGUCUCGGCCGUCCGGCGCUCGGGCUCCUUCACGCUCACCGUGCGCGGCAAGACCGGCAACAGCACCUACGCCGCCGACGUCCGCGCGCGCCUCGAGGGGGCGCCGCCGUCCUGGACCAUCACAUUCGUGCCACUCCGGGCCGGGGACUUCGUGGCGGUCCUCGAGGAGGAGCGCUUCGCCAUCGGCAUCUCCACGCUCUACUACACGGUUGCCGCCAGGGACCUGCACCCGUCCGCCUCCCUGGCCUCCUGGAUGUACUUCACCGGCUACGUCGUCGCCGGCUCCAAGGCCUUCGUGUCGAUCGUCCCCCGGGACGCCUUCGGCAACGCCAUCCCGCGUGAAGCCGAAGGCAUGCCGCCUGGCGACGGGUACUUCAGGGUGUCGGGGUCGUACCUGAACGGAACCGCCGUCAAGUUCUUGGAUUUUCAGUACAAUGGCUGGGCAGCAGAUGGGCGCCUCAGCCUCGAGUUCGUGCCCACUCUUGCAGGGGACUUCUUGGUCCAGGUUUAUGGGGAUAACAGGCCGCUGCGUGAUUCGCCAUUGUUGCUUACAGUGAAGCCAGGUCCCAUUGACAUUGCGAAAAGCACGGCCGACUGGAAGCAUGGAACAAACGUGCUGCAGAUAUUCUCCAAGCUGGAGAUCUUCAUAAACCAGAAGGAUUUGUACGGAAAUCUAGUUCCGGAGAUCCAUCCAUUUGACGCUGCCGUGGUGGAAAAGGCCUCAAACCUGUCUGUCCCGGUCGGGGAUCUUCGGAUCGAAGCGAUCGCCGAGGGAAUUCAGGUGCUCUCCUUCAACGUUGGGGAGCCCGGAGAGUUUGUGCUCACGAUUCUUGAUCUUCAGCUCAAGCAGAAUCUCUCCAAUAUGGCAUACAUAUAUAAUGUGUUUGUAGGGUAUGCCGAUGGAUCAAACAGCUUUGCUAAUGGGUCCGGUAUAGCGCAAUCUGUUGCCGGUUCGGUGUCAUCCUUCAUGGUUUUCCUGGAAGAUCAGUAUCACGACCCUUCUCCGGUUGAACCCGCAAUGUUGCAAGUGCAUAUUUUGAGUAAAAAUGGCACGUCUGUUGUAAACCCAAUUAUAUCACCUGUAAGAGAACCAAACGAUUAUGGACCUGCUGACCAUCAGAAAAUGGUUGCUGGAAACUCAACACUGCAAGCCAGUCAUUUUAAUGUUUCAUAUACUCCUGAAAUCGCUGGGGAGUACGAUAUCUGGGUGCUGUGUGGGAACAUAGUGUUGAACAAUGGAAAUCCCUAUAAUAUGACAGUUUCACCAGGUGCAGUUAGCUCAUCUAUACCAAGUGAUCCAUUGUUUGAGCCUAGAGUCAAAAUAUCUGUUAGAAAUGAAGUAACUGUUUGGCUCCGUGACUCGUUUAUGAACCCAGUGGUAUCUCUAGAGCCAAAACUGAGGCUUCAUCUAACAUCCGCAAAUAUACCGACCCUGGUGAACACGUCGAGCUUCGCUGCAGAGGAAUUUGUCGACAACAAAGAUGGAUCAUAUACUACUUAUUAUGUGGCAAAGUAUCUUGGUUCAUAUAGCUUCUGUACUCAGCUUAACAACACGCAGCUGCCUCCUUGUCCAUUUGAAGUCCAUGUUCUUGGAGAUGACUACUUUUCUCAAGUCAAAAACGAUAACAUUUCAGUUUGGGAGGAUGAAUCUGUUAGCUUUGGUGUACUGUCAAAUGACUACAUUGCAGCAGGACAACCUGAAGGAGUUAACUUAUCUUCACCACUCCAUGGAUCAGUCCUAGAGUACGAGCAAAGCUAUCGGUACACGCCGUUUGAAGGAUAUUUUGGGAAUGACUCAUUCUCAUACACAGUAUCUGAUCAGCAUAGCAACGUUGCAAGUGGCAAAGUGUUCAUAUCUGUUCUCUGCAGACCACCUCACUUCAUCUCUUUACCCAAGCAGUUGCAUGUUACUGAAGAUAUAAUUGGCCCAAAUUUUGGUGGGUUUCCAGGGAUCGAAAUAAUAUAUUCCGACACAGCAGAAAACAUAUCAGUAACAGUGAAGGCACAGUCAGGCAAAGUUCUUCUUGCUCCCAUGCCAAUGAAACUUCAACAGACAUCGGAUGAUGUAAUUUCAAUCAGCAGGGGAGCUAGAUCUGGCAAAGACAUAAAUUUACAAGGGAUGGUAGAAGCAAUAAACGUGGCGCUAAAAUAUCUUCGGUACAUUGGAAAUGAAGACUUCUAUGGAGAAGAUGUUAUAACGCUAUCUGCCAAGAACAGAAAUGGUAUAGAAAAUACUAAGUUACAUAUAUUUGUUCAGCCAAUCAACGACCCUCCGGUUAUACUAGCACCAAAAUCAAUUCUCCUGGGUGGGAAAGAAUCAAGAGAAGGAUAUCAAAUCUUUGACAAACAGAGAGAUCCAUUCGAGUUUUCAAUUGUUGAACCGGAUCUUCGUCAUUAUCCAGGGAACAAGUCCCACCUUCUGCUAGUGCUCUCCUUGGAAGUUCUUGAAGGAACCUUGGUGAUGACAUUGCCAGCCGGCAUUGUCGCCACUGCCGAGCUGAAGGCUGAUGGCAAUAACCAUUGGCAGUCUCUUCAGGCCUACGUGGCCAUUGCCCAUCACUUUGUCCUGAGGGGAACUGGCAUCAGGUUCCACGGGAAUGUUUCUGACUGCAACAAUGCAAUGCAACGGUUGUUUUACCAAGGUGCUAGCCAUGAGACAAGGUUAUUUAUUACUGUAAACGACCUUGGAAACUAUGGAUGCUACCCAGAUUGUUCAGAGAUGAUGUCAACGCCACUCUCCACGGCGAAGACUGUUCGACUAGUCAAAACAAAACCUAUGAACUCAAGAAGAGCCAUCUUGGUCGGAUCAGCAAUAGCAAUCGAGAUCUUAGCAAUGCUAUGCCUUGGUGGGGUUCUCCUGUAUUUCCUCGUGAAAUGCAUGAGUCAACUGAAAGGAAAGCAAAGAGAUCCUGUCAACAAUGAAGUGCGCACCGCGGAACAAACUACAUCUCGUCAAAUGAGUCGGUCGCCCUCAGAUGAUGCUGGAUAUAGCUCUGCUCCUGCUGCUGUGCUAUCCUUAGGUGGAAACAGAUCAAGUUGUCGGCAGCGUUCUUGCAGGUCAUCCAAGCAGGAACUGGAACUGCAGCCUUUGUCCGGGAUCAGAAUUAAUGUUGAUCAAGACGCUCAGCUUGCAUUAGAAAAGGACAAGUAG